AUGGCGCUCACUAAUAUCGGAGGCACUUUGUCCGAGCAGGAACGUAUACAGCUGAUCAAUACGCUGGUAUUUCUGGUCCGUACCGAGUAUCCUUCCGUCGCCAGUGUUCGCGACGUCAACCUGGUCACUAUCCAAAUAUCAUCCGACAGAUAUCGCAUCGACGUAACAUCCCGCAAAGGAACUAUCAUCUUCGGGUGGGACGUAAGAACACGCAUUGAGGUGCUCGAGGGUCUCCGUGAUGCCAUAGAGAAGCGAGCAGCGCAAGUGAUCUUGGAAACGAGCGGGCCACGGAACGGACGUGUGCUGGCAAAAGACCAGCCAAAGUCCCAUAGACAAGACCCCAAGGCGUCAUCGGAUUGCCUGAAGCAUGAGACUGACAAGUUUCUUACAAAGAAGGCCGAUGGCGAUUUUGCAAAUCUAGACGCCAUGCUCGUGAAGAACGACAACAAUCAUCAGACCCGGAUACCUUUUCGCGCCGGUCCAAAGAGAAAGGCGCAAGAUCAGAACGAGUGCACAAGGAAGAAAUCCAAAGGAAAUGACUGCGUCAUGAAUGACGAAAUACUUGGCGAAGCAGAAGAGGAAAGGAUGUCAGACCAUGAAGGACAUGAGGAAGCGAUGGACAGCCAAAUCGAAGGCGAACCAGAAGACAUGGAAGAAGAAGACCCGCCUCCGUCUGUCAGUGCUGUGCUUGCAAAAUAUGCAGCUGGCGAGCCAAAGCGUCGAAAGUGGAGAGGUCGCACGGCUGACACGCCAAUGAGGCACGAUAUGGAUGGCAUUGCUGAAGGGAACGUAUCCGACGACGAGCAGGUCAUCAUUGGAGAGGAUAGCGACUUCUGGCGCGAACGGUAG